UCAUGCGUUCGUAGCAACUCCCUCAACGAAAAUGUCGAAAUUAAUCGGGGCUAAGAAAUCACUUUGGCAUCAAAUAUGUGAAGAAUAUGAGUCUGAGCAGCCCAGUCCACCCUGCUUAGCUUGGACAGACAGUGCCGGUUCCGCGAGCACGCAUGUCUCCGAAUACAGCGCCAGCAAGCACUCCCCUGUCUUCUAUGGUCUCAUGGCAGCUAAGGUUGCUGUGGAUGAUAAUCCAUUGAAGAAUUUCAAUCCCCUUUUGAGCCACCCUGCCCUUGCUGGGUACUCCGUGUGGGACAGGCCUUCAUUCUCCAGUCGCAAACAGCCUCCAACCACAACUCCCCAAUGGCUUCAAAACUCCAUCAUCCAGUUCUUGGAGGAGUCUGUGUUUCCAGUGCUGCUGCCUGGACUGGAGGCCAUGCUUAGAGAGGCCCAGAGACAACACUGCUUUGAGGGGAAAAGAACGGCAUUCAACGCCUGUGACUUCCUAACUGAGUGGUUGUACAAUCAGAACCCCUGCCGACAAGGACAGUCCCGUGUGGACUUCUAUGAGAUACCGUUUGUGAAGGACUGGCUCUGCACACAUCCCAGACCUCCCCUGCCCCUCUCCCUAAUUCUGUCUGACGAGCAGGCUGCUGUUCUCAUUCAGUCCUUCUGGCGGGGUUAUAAGGUACGGGCUCAUCCAGAGGUUCAGGAGCUGCGCCAGUGGCAGAGGGAGCUUAGGGACGAGAACAGAGACAUCACCAAAACCGUCCAGGAGUUCUGGGCUCGCCAGGAGAGCCGGGUGAGCUCGGCCUUAGCUGACCUCAUCGGGGACUCUCCCUUCCCUGGGUGCUCCAACUCGGGCGUGUCCAUCCAGGUGGUCUCCCCGACCCCACAGAACACCGUGGUUCACACCCCCACUGCCCAGACCACCCCCGAGAGCGCCGGGGGUGGCGAGGAGAUGACCGGGGAGCAGGGGACACCGACCGACUCACUGACGCUACCCUAGGCUCCGGGAGACAUUGUUUUCUCCACCGCUAUGGACAGCUUCUCCCCUUCCUUGGGAAGCCACUGAAGCCACAGGGACUGUCCUCCCUUCAUCCAGAGGCUGCCGCUGAGAGACCAAAGAGAUUGAGGCCAUUGUGAUUCCAAAUGCCACCAUAUCUCUAGGCACCACAUUGACUAGUGGACCUAGAUAGGGCACAUGGUGACAUUUUGGUUGAGCAUGAUGUCUCCUCAGAGAAAAACGUUUACAAACCACUGCUGCUCAAGGGUGUGGCUUAUAUACUGAUUUUAGAAAU